AUGUUAAAAAUUUUUGCAUUUACCAUUAUCUUAUUGUCAUCACCAAUAUUUGGCUUAUUAGAAACACUGUUUCAAGCUCAAAAUAGUUGUUAUUCAGGAUGUCAUUCAAAUCAUGCUGUUGAUUUAUCUACUUUGAAUGCUUGCAAAAAAGGUUGUGAUUAUAAAUUACAUAAUGAAGAUUGUACUGUUCAAUGUAGAUUACUUUCAACUGAUGAACCAAUUCAAACUAGUUGUCUCUUUGGUUGUUCAUCGAGUCAUUCAUCAGAAAUAAAAGAAUCAGUUGUAAAUGAACGUUCACCAUCACUAAUUCUUAUUCGUCUUCGUCAACGUCCAUUAUCUGAACAUUCAUCAUUUAACAUGGAUUCAAUGCCGAUGUUUAUGAAUAAGAUAAAAACAUUAAACGAGAAUAAAAAUAUGAUUAAACAAUCCAAUGAAUUGGAUGCUGAUUCAUUAAAUGAGGAUAAUACGUAUAAAAUUACACAUUUUAUUAUUCAUCGAAAAGAUAAAAUUGAAUCAAGAAACAAUCGUUUUAAACAAUUUCUUGACGAUGUUCAUAAUGAAUGGAAUGAUCUUAUUCGUAAACAACCGAAAAUUCCAACAUGGAUUUGUUUUGUCUUUUUACUUUUAUCAUCAAUUAUUCUUUGGCAUAUGAUUGUUUCACUCUGUCAUCAUACACCUAGACAUCAAAGAUUAUCAACUCGUGCUGAACAACUUUCUUUUGAUAAUACAAAUGACAAAGAAAAACUCUAA